AUGGGCCUCUCUUCACUAUUGAUUCCAGAGCCCGACCGUCUACUAUCUGGCCCUCUUCGCGUUCUCUAUCAGAAAUUCCUGGAUGCGCGACAGCUUCUGGAUGUUGGAAUGGUGGCGGAGGCCUGGAGCGCAUCGGCAAGUCUCGUGCGCGAUGCACAGCUAUUGGGAUUGGAGGAAGAUGACGGCUCCGGGGGCACUGCUAGCAAGCAGGCUGACCGUGAGCCUGGCCGUCGUAUCUGGUGGCUUCUUAUCGACCUCGAUGCCCAGCUCAGCUUCCUGCUCGGCCGGCGCCCACUGAUUUCCUCCUCCCAUGGCGUCCGCAGACCCACGGUGGACUACUCGAGGCCAGAAGAGAAAGACCUGCUUCAGAACAUGCUAGACUUGUCCCAGUACAUGUUAGAGGUUCUUGGAACUAUCAUUCCCAACAACUGCCCAGCCAAAACCGAGUCAGAAAUGGAAAAGGCAACACUAGAGUCAUACUUGAACCGGCUGCAGGACCUGCACUCGAGGUUCUCAUAUCUUCCGCAGAAUGGCAAGGCAGAUCCUCCAUUGUGGGCCGCCGUCGCCGAACACCAGUUCAAGGUUCAUCUGUUUCUGAUGGUACUGAAUUGCCAACUCGUCAUGUCAAUGGCGUCGGUCCCAAGUCAGAGACCGUCCGAGGGACGAAUCCCGUCAUCGUCAAAGCUAAAGAGAUCAUCUCUUCGCAAGAACUCUUCGAAAGGUUACCUGGAUCAGCUAUUUCAGUCAGUCCGCCGUAUUACCAGCCUAUUCGAGUACAUCAAGGUUCUUGAUCCCUUUCCCAUUCCACCCUGGCCACGCUGCUUCGGCGUCUAUUGCGCGGCAUCUGUGUUGGGUAUUGCACGAGUCCGACAGGAUAUCGAACCUCUCCAGACAGACACCGAUCGCCUACAAGGUCUGCUCAAAUUCUUCCAAGGGUCGUUGAGGAGGUUACCUCGGUCGGCAAUUGCCCAGGCGGCCGUGGUGUCCCUGGAUGGUGUCCUGGAUGGGCUGGCUGAGCAGCAACGACCCCCCGCUGUUGCGGAGCGCGAUUCGGAGCCACAUGAUAGGCCGAUGAAGACGCCGAACGACGAAAGCUCACAUGCCACCCAGUCGAACUCUUCCAUCAAGGAGGGAGCCGCUGACAACAGCGGCUCGACACAACAUCUCAAACGGACGAGCACAUCAAUGUAUCCGGAUGAGACGCGAGCAGAGAAGAGACCGAGGUACAGUGCGAUGCCCCUAACCUAUGAGAACUCUGUACACGGGAACCCGCCGGCGUGGCAGGGUGAGCAAGGGCCGUCACCAUAUGCCCAACCCAUGUCUUCAUUCAGCGAGAUGUCUGCCGCUUCCUUUCACGAGUCUUCGGUGCAGAACAGCUUUGACCAGGGAUCUUUUGCACACAGUGCACCCACUUCAUUCGCUGGCAACGAUCAGCUACAAUAUGCCAGCCUCGGAUACGCAGCGAGUCACCCGGACACUGCAGCUCAACUGUCAUCUUUCCCUUUCUGGAUGCACCCGCCAAUGCUGAUCCAUCCACCCAUGUAUCAUGCCGGAUGGCAGGCUAUGGAUUCCAAUCCCUGGAUGAUGCAGGACACGGGCCAGCAAGCGUUCUAUGGAGGGCCGUCCGCAAUGCCAGUCAGCGAACCACAUCAGCAUGAUGGCAAUGUACAAGCAUCGCAGUCGGCGGGCAUGAACAAUUUUGCGCAAGCCACUGCAUCUCGAGACGACGUGCAGGCAACGGGCAACAUGACGGCUCCGGUGGACAACGCCAGAGGGGCCAAUGACGCUCAGUUCUACGCCACAGCGCCGGGUCAGUACCAACGGCUAGAUCAUCCUGCAAGCUCUCCCAUCCGAGACGACAGCUUGUCGCGUCAAGAGAGCAGCUUCGGUCGUCCCCAAGUGACGGACCGCCGCCGCAGUGCCGCCGAUAUCAGACCUCAGCAGAGCAGCACCUGGACGAUGGAGAUGCCAGCCGACUUUGCCAAUCAGACUUCGCUGGGUGAACAACGAGACGUCCUGCAACAGGCCACGACGCCCUCCCGGGAUGAUCUGCUCUCCCCAGUCAGCGAGACGGAACCCAAGUCGCGACGCAACUCAGCCACUCCCCGGCAGAUAGCUCGCAAAGGCCGGCCACCGCGACCCAAACAGUCGGAUCUUCCUGCGCAAAACGUCGAUGACGGGGAUGUCAGCGGUCUGCGAAGGCGAUCGAUAGCCCAUACGGGCGAUGUGAUGAUGGUGGACAUGGCUUCAGGGGGAGACUCGCGGGCUGAGCCUGCGGAAACCCGCACGGAGCAAGCGCCAGUGUGGCAGAAUCGAGCAUCAAACCCAGGCCUCGGCCAUCCACCAAGCUCAAAUCUGUAUGGUCUGGAGAUGGUAGGGCCAGGGCACGGCCAUGCGAUGGAUUACGAGCAGAAUUUCGACCCUCACCUUCCACCAAGGCAGGUUGUCACGACAGGGCCAUUUACGGGGAAUUCGGGAGGCCAUCACUGGUGGGCCCGGUGA